CAUCGUCCUCGAGGAGCCAGGAGCAUCCUGUGAUCGGAGGGGUUUGUCCAGUGGAGCGGGGUCCGUAGGUUGUCUUGGUCGCCUGGAAGAAGUUAUUCAUGUCAUGCUGGUCGGUGCAGCCCUGGAUCACGCGCCUUCUCCACCCACCAGUGGUUCUGCAUGUCACGAUGCAUCGCUGGACCUCAGCCCUCACCCGGUGGUACGCUGCUUCUUUCGCCGAGUUCAUGGAUGGGUGUGCCAGGAGAUGAAGGCUGCACACUUCCGCUCGAAGAGGUCGCGGAUCCGAGCGUCACUGGCGUCGAACCAGUCCGGUUCUGUCGCGAUGCAACCCAGCAGUCCGGGCGCAGGCAUCUUGGACGGCGGACGUGAGUUGCUCCCAGUGUGCCUGGAUGGAGAUGUCAUCAGCGGCAGGGACUCGCCGCAGGGCACGAGACAGCUGGGCCUGGACCUCCUCCCGCUGCCCAGGGCCCGUCACAGCUGCGCCGUUCAGCCGUCUCCGCGCGGCCUCGCGGGUCUUCUGACGUCUCGGCACCAGGCGGAUGUUCAUCACGGAGCGCACAGGUCAGCGGUCCGUCCAGCAGUUUUGAGAUCCCUUCGUGGCCCUUGUGACGAGCGUGUCCCUCAGGUCUCUACCUCGGACGAUGGUGUAGCCCAAGAGGUGGCAGCGCUCCGACCUGGGCUGCCUCCGCGUGGCCCUGAGCCGGUCUUUCUGGCGGAGGACGGUGUUCAUCAUGGCCAGGCGGUGUUGGGCACAUGUGGUGAGGAGCAGGAUACCGUUGGGGCCGCAGCCCUCCUCCGCCUGCUCCGCCGUUGAGGACUUCUGGGACCGUUCUUUGUCUGCAGCCUCCCCCGCACCUUACCGCCAUGGGUGCCCUGCCAGGAGCGCGAGCUCUGGACGCGUCGCUCUCGGGGUCCCAGGGACACGCAAGCCUCUGCACCGCGACAAGGCGACGAUCCCCCAGCGCCGGGUGCCCACGGACGACACGCGACUGCGUAGCUCUCAGGCAAAGACGCGGGCACCUGGGCACCCGCAGGCCAGGCGCGGGGACAGACCCACGGAGGUGGCUGUGCAGCGCGGCCCCCGCUGACGCCUUCCCUGGCCGGCAGGGCCCAAAUGGGAGCCUCUUGCCAGGCAGGCCGGGGGACACGGGUGAGGGGGGCUGCCCCGGGCUCCGGCGGGCGAGGAGCAGGGAUCGCUGCCCCCCCGCAGGGCACCGAGGGGUGACGGAGAGCUGGGCAGUAACGUUCCUGUCCCGCGUCCCCCCUGCACGCCUGGGCUCUGUCAGUCGGGAGUUGAGACGGGAGAUGUCACGGGGUCCCCGUGAGGGGUUCAUGUUCUCCAGGCUCAGGGAGCAGGCGCAGGCCCUGAUGGUGCCAGGCGCCCUGUUUGGGACCUCUCAUCAUUAAUGGGCAUUUCCUUCCCCAGGGCUCCUGCGGCCCCCGGCGCUGUCGGACAUCUCCCAGCCGGAGUCAGUGCCCGUGGGGAGCAGAGUCACCCUGAGCUGCCGCAUUUCGGGGCAUUUCCUGGCAGAGCUGAGGCUGGUCUGGCUCUGGAAGGGCAAGGGACAGGCUCCAGUCGUGCCCCUGGCGGACUCUGAUGACUACAGGAUCCAACCGGGCACGGCCGUGCAGGCGCUGGACAAGAAAAGUUUCCAGCAGGAAACACGCCUGAUCUUCACCCCGUUGGUGCAGAGAGACCAGGGCGCCCAGUACAUCUGCUGCGUGCGGCACGUGGCCCUGGAGCAGCCCAUGGAGAAGAGCAGCGCGGAGUUGCAGGUGACAGCGCGGCCGGAGCUGUCCGGGAUCCAGGUGUUGCCGCGCUGGGACCCCCCGGACCAGGUGCCGUUCGCCGUCCGCCUGCACGGCUUCUACCCCCGCGGGAUCCACCGCAUCGCGUGGAGCUGGGACGGGGACGGUGCCGGGAGAGAAGAGCCCCCCGACAUCAGCCCCGACCCGGACGGCACCUUCACGGCGACGAGCGUGUGGAGAGUGCCCAGCCGGAGCCUGACCGGCCCGGGGCUGCGAGUGCGAGUGUGCGUGCAGCACGGCCCCGCAGACCCCCCGCUGGAGACAGAGCUGCUCCUCGGGGACGCCGGUGUCCUGCAGCCCCGGAGGUGUCCGCGAUCUCCACGUCCAGCUCAGUGGCUGCAGGGGGGAGUCACCCUGCGCUGCCGCAUCGCGGGGCAUUUCCCGGCGCAGCUCAGCGUGGCCUGGCUGCGGAAGCUCAGGCACGAAGCUGCGGCCGUGACGCUGCAGGACUCGGGUGACUGCCGCAUCCGCCCUGGCACGGCCGGCCCGGCACCGCACGGGAACAGCUUCCAGCAAGAAAGAAGGCUCAGCCUCGCGGGCUCCACAUCCAGCAGCCUGGGCGCCCAGUACAUCUGCCGGGUGGGACACGUCACCCUGGGGACCCCCGUCGAGAGGAGCAGCGGUCUCCCGCGGCCCAUGGAGGAGCCACAAAUCUCCGAGUCUAAGUCGGUGCCCGCAGGGAGGGGAGUCGCUGCGGGGCAUUCCCCACGGCAGUCAAGUACGCCCCUGAAGCUCAGCACCAAACCUGUGCCUGCGACACCGCAGACCGUCCCUGAGCGGCGUGGCACUGCUGCGCACACCAGCAGCGGUGAGCAGCACGGCACAGGCCGGUCGGCAUUUUUGGGGUGAAGUCUGGUCCAGGGCCCCGCGCUGGGUCCCCGCUGGGCGAGGGGAGGACCAGGGUGCAAUCGCUGUCUGCAGGGGUCCCUUCCCCUGCGGCCAAUGGUGUGGCUUUCUCCUGGGGUUUUCCAACCCCCCUUCUUCAGCCUUCCUGCUCUGCAGGCGAGUCACCGCAUGAACGGUGCGGGGCUUUGGCUCUUGGGUCUGUUCCCACCUCCGGAGCUGGGCUUCCUGCCCCAUAAGAUCCCGUCCCACCAGGAUGGGGACCGCAGCCCCUUCCAGUACCCCCAUUUCCAGGUACGUUGCACAGUCGUUCCACACGAUGGGUGCACGGGCUACCGGUACCGUCACAGGUGUGGGCCCCACUCCGUGAAUAGCGAGGGUCUUCCCCGGGAUGAUGCCUGCGGGCAAGACCAGGUUGGAAUUAAUCAGUGUCACACUGGCCCCCGUGUCCAGUUCCCCCACAAGGGUCCUCUCCUUCACCGUGAUCACGGUCCGGUGGGGGGCCAUCACCUCCUCCGAGUUUGUGAUCCUGUAGCAACAGACACUCCCCUCAGAGGGGCUCCGGCCCUCCCCCUCGCUGCUCACGGCUGUUGCACGCCUGACGGGCCGGGGUCUAGUGCUCAGCUUUGGGCAGUUGGGCUCGAUGUGGCCCUGCUCCCCGCAGUGAUAGCACCCCCUCUUUUCCGAAUUGGGUGGUCUGUCCGAAUCUGGGGCCGCCUUGCGCUCGGCAGGAGGUGGCCCUCUCUCCCCUUUUUGACCUGGCCCUCCCUUCCCCCCUCUUUGGACCCCUUUUUGCUCCUUCCCAGAGUAGGGAGCUCUCUCACGGUUUAGCAACAGUCGGUCUGCAAUUUCUGUGGCCUUGUGAACAUCUUUGGGGUCCCUGUCCCUGACCAGGGUCUGCACCUCUCUCGGACACCAAAAAUAGAAUUGUUCCAGCACCAGGAGAUGGCGUGCCUUUUCUACAGUGUCAACCUUGGCUUCGGCUAACCAUUUAAUGCACAUGUCCUCCAACAGGGCCCCAAAAUCAGUCAAUGACUUCCCGGGUUGUGGGCGCGUAUUCCAGAAUUUCUUCCAAAAACAAUCCGGUCCUAGCUGGCACUGUUUGGAGACAGCAGCUUUGAAGGCAUUAUAGUCAUCAGCUGCAUCUGAGGGCAGGCUGUUCAGGACCACCGCCCCCCUAAUACUUUUGGGAACAUGACCUUCCUGUAUCUCAGGGUUGUGGCCCCCUUCUGUUGGGUGACUAGCAUGUUCUUGCGGUCCCUUGGUAGCUCGCAUGAAGGGUUACUGCCGUCCUUUUUGAGAGAAGGCUAUGUACUCCAUCCCCAAGUCGUUGGUGAGACGAGCGCCCUGGCACUUGGCCGGCCGUUUUUUGGCACCCCCACGCCCAGCCUGCAGCCUGUAAGCAGGGCGCAGGUCCCCUUGAUUCUCUGCUUCUCGUUCCACUUGGAGAGGCCGGCCAGGGACGAUACCCAUGGAUUGCAGGGAAGGUUGCAGGCUUCUGGAGGAUACUGAGUGUGCUAGGACCCUGAGGCUUCCUGACCUUCCUGUAGCUCAGGUCCAGGUCUCUGCUCCUCUGUUCUACUGCUCCGGGCACUAUUGAGACGGCCUCCCCCGGGACCCUGUAAGCAGGGCUGCGCCCCCACCCCUUCUGGCCUGGGGGGAAGAGACGUUGUUUAGCGCUUUGGGCUCUGUUGGUUCUGUGACGGGAGCCUGUAGUUGUGGCCCUCUUGUCCUCCAGACACACGGGGCAGCUUUGACCCCUGAUCGAGACCUCCCGAUGCAGCUGUCAGCUGGCAUUCGGGGCUUUGCAGGUUGUCUCCGGGCUUCACGCCCCGGCAGCCAGCUGUGUGCAGGGAGCACCGCCCUGGAAGCAGGGUUGCCGGUGCUUGCGGUCACCGCUCAUGGUGCUGCCCAAGCAGUUCUGUCCAGAGUCCUGGCCCAUCGCGCUCUGCUCCGGGCUGGAUGUCAGAGGCCGAACCUGCAGACGUCUGCUCUUCCCACUUUGCACGGACUGACGAUGGAGUGGCAGCAGGUGCAUGUACAGGCCCCAGAAGGAGAAGCAGGGAAAUGGAGACGAGCAGGAGUUAGCCACCAAGGAGGGAAGAGACCCACGCCAGCCCACCCCGAGGGAAGGUAAAGGGGUUUGGACACGGUGUCUGUCCUCUCUGCAAGUUGCAUCCCCAAGUUGUCGACCGUGUGCAGAACAUGUCGUGGAAGGUUUGGAGCAGCGGGACCCCCUUAUACACAGGAUUCGUGCCUGAGGUCCUCCUGUUGUCAUACGCGGGUGAGUGCUAGCGGGGUACUCCUCAUUUAGGAAACCGGACGUAUGUCACACCCCCUUGUUUUGAAAGGACACCAAGCUUGAGAGUACAGUAGGCGGCGUGAGCGACGUUAUUUUACAUGCUAUGGGGGUGUGCAAUUCAUUGCCAGUCAGCUGGACUUCUGUCUUGUGUACUA